AUGGGUGGCUUCUCCAGCGCAGCGAGCAAACUGCACCGCACUCUGAAGCUCAGCGGCGAUACCGAUCAAUGGAGAAACCGAGAUCUGAUACCCUUGUCUGCAGAUCGUACGAUCUGGUCCAGCUGGGACUUCCUCUAUCUGUGGAGCACCGUCUUCUUCACGACAUUCGGCUGGCAAAUCACUUCGUCGCUCUCGGCCUCGACCGCCGUGGUGUUCUGUGUCGGAUGGCCCGGUGGAGUCUGGCACAUUGGCUUCACCGUCAACUCCCGCUCCGUGUUUGGAAUGUGGGGAUCGUAUGUGCCAGUCAUUCUGCGCAUUUUCCUCUGCAUUAUUUGGUAUGGCGUCCAGGCGUUUACGGGCGGCCAACUGGUGGCGAUUAUCCUGUCGACGAUCUUUUCCGGCUACCAUCAUAUGGAGAACACACUCCCGGAGUCGGCGCAUAUGACCACCAAGCAGUUCGUUGGAUAUGUCAUCUUUAAUAUCAUCUCGCUCGGACUCUUGUGGGUGCCCCCGGACAAGCUGAAGAAGCCCUUUAAGUUUAUCGCCGGUAUUAACCUGCUCGUCAUUCUGGGACUGGCGAUCGGCCUCAUCGCUGGUGCCCGAGGUGGCUCCCUGGGGACCCUCCAAACGUCCCAGCGGACAGACAACCUGGGAUGGACCUUCAUCCACGGUUUCGCGGUCGUUUUCUCUGGCAACGCGGUCGGCAUGGCGAGCCACAGCGAUUUCUCACGUUUCGCUCGGCGACCGGGGGCUCAGGUUAAAGGCCAGCUCUUCUCAUUCCUGAUCUCCGGGAACGUUGUGCCCAUCCUGGGGAUUUUUGGCACCGCCGCCGCCGCGAAGAUGUAUGGCGACGUGAACGAACUGGGUCUGUGGAACCCACCCAAUAUUCUGCAAAUGUGGCUGGACAACCAGUACCAUAACCCGGCCAUGCGAGCUGCGGCAUUCUUCGUCGCGUUCGGGUUGACAUCGAGUAUCAUGGCCAUGAACUCCAUCGAGAACGGUGUCUCGGGCGGCAUGGACAUCGCCGGACUGUACCCCCGGUACUUCAACAUCCGUCGUGGAUCGUAUCUGUUGGCUGCGAUUUCCGUGGUGAUCAACCCGUGGCAGAUCAUCGCCAAUGGCGCCAUUUUCACCAACACUCUGAACAGCUUCGGAGUCAUCCUGUUUCCACUCAUGGGCACCAUGGUCGCCGACUACUACAUCGUUCGCAAGCAAAAACUUAAGCUGUCCGACCUCUACCGCGCCGACGCGAGCAGCAUCUAUUGGUUUGAGGGUGGUUUCAACUGGCGUGCGUUCACGGCCUGGUUGGUUGGGUUUGCGCCCAGUAUCCCCGGUCUCGCCGCAUUGAAUCCAAACAACACAGGAAUCCCCAUUGGCUUGACGUAUACAUUCUACUUGUGGCCCAUCGCAGGAUUCUUUGCGUCGUUCGUGCUGCAUGCUGGUCUCUGCUAUCUCAGUCCCCCGGCGGGUAUUGGGGCGGUGGAUGAGCAGGAGUUUGACCCGAUGUAUACCGAGCGGUCAGACGAAAUACAGAGCCAGACCAUUACCGCACUGGAGAAGGGCGGACAUCCAUAG